GGGAACGCAGCCGUCAUCGAGACACAAACUGGCAGAAGGAGAAGAGGAAAAGUAGUCCCGAGUCACGCUGAUUAAUUCGAAGGUGAAGCAUCCCCGUUCCGAAACAAUUCCGUUUUUUGCCCCAAGGGGGAUAUACAGUCUUUAAUGACGCCUGCUCGGAGAUCGAGAGGUUAGCAAGAUGGUCGGGAGACAGACGCACCGAAUGGACAGCGGCAAUUGUUCCGUGACGGUGGUGGACGACAGCCCAGGCUCCAGCCCGAGUUCUAGUCCAGCUGGUAGGGCGCCGCCGCCGCAGCUGGCCGGUGGGGGAGGCGGCAGAGGGCGGCCGGCGGCGGCCAACGCGGCGCGGGAGAGGAGCCGCGUCCAAACUCUGAGGAACGCCUUUUUGGAGCUGCAACGGACGCUGCCGUCGGUGCCGCCUGACACCAAACUGUCCAAACUGGACGUGUUGAUACUGGCCACCACCUACAUCGCCCACUUGACUCGAACUCUGCAAGAGGAAAGCGCCGACGAGGGCGAGAGCACAAAGCAGCACAAGGAGGCGUUAAAAUCGCUCAAAGGGGAAGGAUACUUGCACCCGGUCAAGAAAUGGCCGAUGAGGUCCAGACUGUACGUGGGAGCGAGCGGUCACUUCCUGAACGAUCCUUCAGAAUCUGAGAACCAAGGUCCAUCAUCAUCAUCUUCCUCAUCAUCCAUCUCCAAAUAAAUCAACCAAGUGGUUGCCAUUUGCAUGAGCGGUGCUGAAGGACACGUGUAUUCCACUAUAUCGAUACAGGGAGACGCUGUAAAGUAAUAUAUGAUGUGUUGUGUUUUUCCUCAAGUGUUGUCGUGUCAGUCUUGUUUGCAUUGUGCAGCUACACCCCCCCAGUAUGAUCUUUGGCUAUAAUAAUAAUGAGCCUGUCAUGCUUGGAGUGUGCGCUUUAAGCCUGAGACAUUUGUACUAAAAUGCAUGUGUGAAUAACUUAACAUCUGUCAUGUGAAGAGAUCUGUCGGGGGGUCAACAAUAGGGGGCUGCCAGUCUCACGUUCCCUCCUGGUAUU